AUGCUCGCUAGCCGGUUCUUAUCUCGAAAAGCCGUUAGGCUAUCGUCCUGGCAGCAGUCAACGUUACCCACAGUUAUUCCCUCGGCGUCGAUGCGAUGGAGUCGUGGGUUUGCGUCAAGUUCUGAAGAAAAGGAUCUGGUCAUCAUUGGAGGUGGUGUCGCUGGAUACGUCGCCGCCAUCAAGGCCGGACAGGAAGGCUUGAAGGUUGCCUGUAUCGAGAAGCGUGGCACCCUCGGCGGAACCUGCCUCAACGUGGGCUGCAUCCCCUCGAAAUCGCUCCUGAAUAACUCGCACUUGUACCACCAGAUUCUGCACGACACCAAAAAUCGUGGCAUCGAGGUUGGCGAUGUCAAGCUCAACCUGGCCAACUUCAUGAAAGCGAAGGAAACGGCUGUCAACGGUCUCACCAAAGGUGUGGAGUUCCUCUUGAAGAAGAAUGGUGUCGAGUAUAUCAAGGGCGCAGGCUCCUUUAUCAACGAGAACGAUAUCAAGGUGGCACUCAAUGAUGGUGGCGAGACGACUGUGCGGGGCAAGAACAUUCUUAUCGCCACUGGUUCAGAAGCUACUCCCUUUCCCGGGCUCGAAGUGGACGAGAAGCGUGUCGUUACCAGCACUGGUGCUAUAGCCUUGGAAAAGAUUCCCGAAACCAUGAUUGUCAUUGGAGGCGGCAUUAUCGGCCUCGAGAUGGCGUCGGUGUGGUCCCGGCUUGGAACAAAGGUCACUGUUGUGGAGUUCCUUGGCCAGAUUGGCGGCCCUGGGAUGGAUACAGAGAUUGCAAAGGCCACGCAAAAACUCUUGAAGAAGCAAGGCAUGGAUUUCAAGUUGAACACCAAAGUCGUUGGCGGCGAUAAAUCCGGGGACAAGGUCAAAUUGGAUGUCGAUGCCGCAAAAGGUGGCAAACCGGAGACUCUCGACGCCGAGGUUGUUCUCGUCGCUAUUGGCCGACGCCCAUACACCCAAGGGUUAGGCCUGGAAAACAUUGGCAUGGAGCUUGACGACCGCGGCCGGGUCAUUAUUGACUCGGAGUACCGAACCAAGAUCCCGCACAUUCGAUGCGUCGGAGACGUCACCUUUGGUCCAAUGCUUGCUCACAAGGCGGAAGAGGAAGCUGUUGCGGUUGUCGAGUACAUCAAGAAGGGCUACGGCCACGUCAACUACGGCUGCAUCCCCUCGGUCAUGUAUACCUAUCCCGAAGUGGCCUGGGUCGGUCAGAACGAGCAAGAGCUCAAGGAUCAGAAGAUCCCGUAUCGAGUCGGCACGUUCCCCUUUAGCGCCAACUCGCGCGCCAAGACCAAUCUAGAUACCGACGGCCUGGUCAAGAUGCUGGCCGACCCGGAAACCGACAGACUGCUCGGCGUGCACAUCAUCGGACCCAAUGCUGGCGAAAUGAUUGCGGAAGGAACUUUGGCCCUAGAGUACGGAGCAUCCACCGAGGACAUUGCCAGGACAUGCCAUGCGCACCCGACUCUCGCCGAGGCGUUCAAGGAGGCUGCCAUGGCCACCAGCUCCAAGGCUAUCCAUUUCUAA